AUGCGAUACACCGCGGCCACAUGUGAUCCUAAUGAGUUUACCCUUCACAAUGGCUACAACCUUCGUCCUGCCAUGUACAACAGACACACCGAGUUGUUGAUUGCUAUCACGUAUUAUAAUGAAGACAAGACUCUUACAGCCCGUACGCUCCAUGGUGUCAUGCAAAAUAUCCGUGACAUUGUGAACUUGAAGAAGUCCGAGUUCUGGAACAAGGGUGGGCCGGCCUGGCAAAAGAUUGUAGUCUGCCUGGUUUUCGAUGGUAUCGACCCCUGUGACAAGGAUGUGCUGGAUGUCUUGGCCACCGUUGGUAUUUACCAGGAUGGCGUCAUGAAGCGUGAUGUCGAUGGAAAGGAAACCGUUGCCCACAUCUUCGAAUACACGACGCAAUUAUCCGUUACCCCCAACCAGCAGCUGAUUCGCCCGACAGAUGACGGCCCCAGCACGCUACCCCCGGUUCAGAUGAUGUUCUGUUUGAAGCAAAAGAACAGCAAAAAGAUCAACUCUCAUAGAUGGCUUUUCAAUGCUUUCGGCCGUAUCCUGAAUCCCGAGGUCUGCAUUCUUCUCGAUGCUGGUACCAAGCCUGGACACAAGUCACUUCUGGCCCUGUGGGAGGCCUUCUACAACGACAAGGAUCUCGGAGGUGCUUGUGGUGAAAUUCACGCCAUGUUGGGUAAGGGUUGGAGAAACCUGAUCAACCCUCUCGUGGCAGCCCAGAAUUUCGAAUACAAGAUUAGUAACAUUCUGGACAAGCCGUUGGAGAGUUCUUUCGGUUAUGUCAGUGUGUUGCCUGGUGCUUUCUCCGCAUACCGAUUCCGUGCAAUCAUGGGUCGUCCAUUGGAGCAGUAUUUCCAUGGUGAUCAUACUCUCUCCAAACAGCUGGGUAAGAAGGGUAUUGAGGGAAUGAACAUUUUCAAGAAGAACAUGUUCUUGGCCGAGGACCGUAUCUUGUGUUUCGAGCUGGUUGCGAAGGCUGGCUCCAAGUGGCAUCUGUCAUAUGUUAAAGCCUCCAAGGGUGAAACUGACGUGCCUGAAGGUGCUGCGGAGUUCAUCUCGCAGCGUCGUCGUUGGUUGAACGGAUCCUUCGCAGCCGGUAUCUAUUCUCUCAUGCACUUCGGACGUAUGUACAAGAGUGGCCACAACAUCAUUCGGAUGUUCUUCCUUCAUAUUCAGAUGCUGUACAACACUUUCUCGACGAUUCUUACAUGGUUCUCUCUGGCUUCCUACUGGCUUACAACAUCGGUUAUCAUGGACCUGGUCGGUACGCCUAGCGAUAGCAACGGUCACACUGGUUUCCCCUUUGGCAAGACGGCAACUCCCAUCGUCAACACCAUCGUCAAAUAUGCCUACCUUGGUUUCCUGCUCCUCCAGUUCAUUCUGGCUUUGGGUAACCGCCCCAAGGGUUCUCGGUUCUCGUACCUCGCAUCUUUCGUUGUUUUCGGCAUCAUUCAACUCUACGUUGUCGUCGAUGCACUUUACCUGGUAGUCCGCGCUUUCAGCGGCAGCGCUCCGAUGGACUUCGACACCACGCACGGUGUUGGUGCGUUCCUUGGUUCGUUCUUCGGGUCGACCGGUGCCGGUAUCAUUAUCAUCGCGCUUGCUGCCACUUUCGGUCUGUACUUCGUCGCUUCGUUCAUGUACAUGGACCCGUGGCACAUGUUCACCUCCUUCCCUCAGUACAUGGCCGUGCAGUCUUCUUACAUCAACAUCCUCAACGUGUAUGCCUUCAGCAACUGGCACGAUGUGUCCUGGGGUACCAAGGGUUCUGAUAAGGCGGAUGCUCUUCCCUCCGCGAAGACGACCAAGGAAGGAGGCAAGGAAACUGUCAUUGAGGAAAUUGACAAGCCUCAAGCCGAUAUUGACAGCCAGUUUGAAGCUACGGUGAAGCGUGCUUUGACACCAUAUGUGGCUCCCGAAGAGAAGGAGGAGAAAAGUUUGGAUGACUCGUACAAGAGCUUCCGUACGAGACUGGUAACAUUCUGGAUCUUCAGUAACGCUCUGAUGGCUGUUUGCAUCACCAGCGAUGGUGUGGAUAAGUUUGGCUUCACGAACUCUGCCACCGAUCGUACAUCACGUUUCUUCCAGGCUCUAUUGUGGUCCAACGCCGUUGUCGCGCUAUUCCGCUUCAUUGGAGCUUGCUGGUUCCUGGGUAAGACCGGUGUGAUGUGUUGCUUCGCCCGCCGCUAG